GAAACCUAACCUCAAAUCAAUUCAACCACAUUUCAACUGAAUGUAUCUCCAUUCAUUCUAAAUUUGUUUUUAUUGGAAUAAAAGAAAUGGCUCUGAUAGCAAAGUGCGGUGAAUACGUCAUUUUAAGUGCACAACGAAAUAUUUUCGUAUGGAAUACGAAGAAUCAAACGCAUUCGUUGGCUGAAGUGCCGAAAAUUCCGCGAAUUCUUGCCGAAAACAAUGUGGUGAAAAAUGGAAAAUCAUCAAAAAAUGAAAACAAUGAGAAUGAGGAGAAUGCAGAGGAAGACCAUGGUAACAUUGAAUUCGGUGACAUAAACCGUUUGGCUGUUUCGCCUUCGAAUCAACUAGUAGUCGUUACAACGAUUGGCGAUAAAUUCCUAUUUCUCUAUCAAAUAAACAACGGAACGCUGAAUUUAGUGCAAAAUCUUCAAUUGACCAGAGCCAUAAGUGUUGUACGAUUCACACCAGACUCGAAAAAUCUUCUAAUCGCUGACAAAACAGGCGAUUGUUCCAUUUUGGACUGCAGUCAAUUGGACAAGCCAAGUGGUGAAGCUAAAUGGAUAUUGGGGCAUCUCUCCAUUGUGUUGGAUGUUUUGAUGACAAACGAUUUGAAAUACAUCGUAAGCAGUGAUCGAGAUGAGAAAAUUCGUGUAACAAAUUACCCAAAGACCGAAGUCGUCGAAUCCUAUUGUCUUGGCCAUUUGGAGUAUGUGUCAGCCAUCGAAGAAGUGAAAACUGAACAAAAUGACAGUGUUUUAGUUUCAAUUUCGGGUGAUAAGACUCUUCGGCUAUGGAAGCAUAUUGAUGGAAAGGAAUUAUUUCGAUUAGAAUUACCAGCACGUGGAUUGCGUUUGACUCAAAACUCAUGCAAUCAAUUCGCUGUUGUGUCAUUCGACGAAGGCAUAUCAAUCAGUAUUUUCGAACUAACCACUAAAGACAAUCAAUUGGAAGUACAAACACUUGCCGAACAUGAACUAAACGACAAUGUAAAAUACAUUAGCUCGAUUGCUUAUGAAUCAAAUAAUUCCCUAUGGUUUUCCGGAUUGGACGAAAAUAAUGAAUUGUUUCUCAAGCAAUUGGAAAUCACACGUUCAAAUGAUGAAAUCAAAGUAAACGAAACUGGUUUGGAAAAAGUAUUUAAUAUUCUCAAGGAGAAGUUAACAUCGACAACGCUUCAACCGUGUGAAGACAUUGCUCAGUUGUUAAAGGCGCGCAUUGACAACACAAGCGACUAUCAUGAGCGUAAAAAGAGGCGCCUUGAGCUAAAAUAUGGAAAAUCAAAAUAACUCUAAAUGUUAUUUUAUUUUAUUAUUUUUCAUUGAAAAUUACGCGUGUUUUAUUGUGAGAAAGAAAAG